UUCAGUUUUUUUAAUAACAUUUGAAAAACCCGAAGAGAGAGAGAAAGUGGGCCGUGUCUGUGUGUGGGUGUGUGAGCUAAUGAAUGGAACAACGCUAACACCGCAGGCGGUGGUGAACAAUUUAGUGAGUCUGAACGCAGGCGGCGUUGGGCAGCAGCAACUCUCGGCUUCUCUCGUCAACUCCUACCGAGUCGCCGCCGUGGCUGAGCGCUUGGCUGCUCACGUCAAAUCUGGCUACCGUGGCGAGGCCAUGGAGUUCUUCAAUCUCUGCCUCUCCCUUUCCAGAGGCAUUGAUUAUGCCGUUGCAAACAAUGAGGUUCCGACGAUAGCCCACGAUUUGCCUGCGUUGUUGAAGCAGAUAUGCCAGCGUAGGAGUGACAAAGUAUUGGAAGCUGCUAUCAUGGUGCUGAUGAUCUCUGUUAAGAAUGCUUGUAAGACUGGAUGGUUUUCAGAAAAGGAGACUGAAGAACUAUUUUCUCUAGCUAAUGAGACAGGGAGUAGCUUCUGGCUCCCAGGAGAUUUUAAAACUGGACCUAGCUGUUGUCUCUCUACUGUGGACACAAUAAUGAAAAGAUAUUAUCCACUGAUGAAUAUGGGCCAGAUACUUGCCUCUCUCGAAAUCAAGCCUGGAUAUGGAACGUACGUGCUUGAUUUCCAUAUUUCAAAGAGUACAGUAUAUACUCCUCAAGAAAAAAUUCGGUUAUUUGUCGCACAAACAGAUAAUAUAGAGACAUCUGCGUGUAUUAUAAGUCCGCCACAAGUGAACUUUCUUCUAAAUGGAAAGGGAGUGGAUAGAAGGACAAACGUUUUAAUGGAUACUGGACCGCAGAUGCCAUCAGUUGUGACUGGAAUGCUUAAAUUUGGAUCAAACCUUCUUCAAGCUGUGGGCCAGUUCAAUGGUCACUAUAUCAUAGUGGUUGCCUUUAUGCGCAUCACAUCAUCACCUGACACUUCAACACUGAAAGAUUAUACUCAGCCCAUUGUACCUUUGUCAGAUUCAGAUUCUGAUAUAAUCGAAGGGCCAUCAAGAAUAUCUCUCAAUUGUCCCAUAAGCUAUACACGUAUCAAAACUCCUGUCAAAGGUCGAUUGUGCAAACAUCUUCAAUGUUUCGACUUCAGUAACUUUGUUGGUAUAAAUUUAAGACGACCUUCAUGGCGCUGCCCCCACUGUAAUCAGUAUGUCUGCUUUUUGGACAUUUGUGUUGAUCAAAAUAUGAUUAAGGUCCUGAGAGAGGUAGGAAAGAAUGUUGCUGAAGUAAUAAUCUCCAUGGAUGGAUCAUGGAAAGCUGUACUGGAGAAUGAUGAUGACGUGAAACCUUUGAGCAACACAAACAGGGUUAAUCAAACUGUUGCUGCUCAUUUAGAGGAUGACUUUUGGUCUGGAAUUUACUUUGCUAAUGGUUCGUUAGCCUCCGGUAUAAGGUCAGACACGCAAAUGGGUGGUGUUAUUCCUCACACUGGUCCUGCAAAUUUGCAGUCACCUGUGUUGACUGAUGCUGUUUCUCCUGCACUCGAUCGAGGAACUGAGAGUCAUUUGACCACUGAUAUUGUGGCGUCUGCAAUGCAUCAAUUUUCUUCUCCCAAUAAUUUUCAGUGGCAACAGUCACAGUUUGCAAGUUCAGCUGCUAACAAUGAGUAUGGGAGAUUUGCAUCACAGAGAGUAUUACCCAGGACUCCAACGGCAGUUCAGGCCCUCCCUGCACAGUCCCAGGGACCAGGUUUGCAACAAAGACCAAGAACUAGUUGGAAUUCCUCAACUCCCUCUAGUGCCUCUCUUAGUUCUCAGGUUGGACAAUCUAUCACACCCUCAGCAAAUUGUGCCAAUGCAGUAUGUAGUGAUUUGGAAAGGCAGCAACACUUUUCUAGGCCCCGAAUGAAUCCGCUUCAAGUGUCAAACAUUGCUUCAUCUUCACUGCAACAUCCCUCACAAACUACACAGAACUGGGAUCGUCAAGAUCAGUCCUUCAUUCACGGGCAAUCUGUCCAACAGGUUGUGGGCCUUCCAGUUCCGAGUCAACUGCAAAGUGCUAACAGAGCAUCUCCUGGGCUCAUGGACUUCCAGAAUGCACACUUACAGCAAGCUUUUAAUAAUGCAAGGACUCCCCAGACUAUGGGUCAGUCUUCAAGCUCCAUUCGAUCAUCUUCACAUCUCUCACGGGCACAUAUCCAACAAGGAAAUGCACAAGUUGGGACUGGUCAAACAUCAAGUUCUUUAAACAACCAACAGAGGUUCAUGGCUGGUGCUCACCUAGCUGCGAUGAUGGCCAGGCAGUCUCCAUCCAUGCCAGUUCAAAAUCAAACUCAGAGAACCAGGCCAUCUUUGCCAGUAAACGUAGGAGGUACGAUGCAAGCAGUUUCUGGGGCUGAUGGAUCAGUUGAUUUGUCAUCUGAGCAGAACUGGCGACCAACAGGUCGUAUGCGUGGAAGUCUAUCAGGUCGGGCUUACAGUGCUGCUUUCAACCAGUUCAUAAUAGCGCCAACCCAACCCACUCAAGCGGCGAGACCUCCACCAAAUCUGACAUCUCCACCACCUGUUGUUCCGUCCCAACCACAGACAUUGAUUGGCAAUAUGAGUGCUCAGGUUCCUCAAACGCAUAAUAGUCAUCCUCAAUAG